GCUAGUUUACAUAUCUGAACAUUGUGUUGUUUGUUACUUUUUCUUCGACAUUAAAGAUAAUCAUUAUGAAGUUCCCCGUACUGCUGAUAUUCAUUGGGUUCCUGUGUAUUUGGGAGGCAAACGGAUUUACCACAGAACAAAUAAAUGAAAUUCGUAAUAUUUGUAAAGAAGAAUUAAAAAAUAUUCCCCACGAAAAAGGUGAACGAGGUAUACCAGGAAUUCCGGGACGAAAAGGUGCAGGACCUUUUGGUGCUGUAGGACCACCAGGAGAUAAUAUAUACGGUCCCCCAAGUUUCCCUGGAUUGCCAGGUCCCAGAGGAGAUCAUGGUGAAUUCGGAAUACCUGGAUUGCCAGGAGUAAAAGGUGAACAAGGCUCCUGUAUUGAAUUCUAAUUUGGCAGUUUUUGGUGUUGCAAAUUAUUUUUACAUUUGGCAUAUUAUGU